GGCAGAAUGUCCCUGAAGUCUAUUCUGAUUUUUAUGAUUUUAGCCUCCGCUUUAGGUGUCUCUCUUGAGAGCGAGAGGAAGGAUGGCAGCGAACCGAGGAGGCCCCGAAAGAGCAGAGAAGAUGAGAAGGUUGGGAAAGAGGUGACCAGGAGCACCAGUAGCUCCAAGCCGAACCAGGGUGGCAGUGGGACAUCAUCCAGGCAGAGUGGGUGGGGGUAUGAUGCAGCCUGCACCAGUAUCGGAGGAAUUUGCCAACUCAGCAGGUACAUCUGCCAGGGGAGAUACCUGAGAAACAAGUGUGCUGGUCCCAAAGUGCGGCGGUGCUGUCUGCCAGGUCCUGGUGCCUGGCAUCCCCUGUGUGCCAGUCACCAUCAGAACAGAAUAAGGGGCUGCGACAGGUUCGGCUGUGGAGCUUUCAACUCUGAGAGGGCUGGGAGCACCCACAGAGCCGUGGACGUGGUGUGUGACGACUACUCCGUCAUCAACGCCCCCUUUUCUGGCACCCUGGGGGGGCCAGUCAGCCGCCCGCAGGAAGAUACCCUCCACUAUGAUGGUGUUAAGCUCUAUAAUUCAGAGUCCUGUGUGAAGAUCUUCAACAUCCGGCCAUACCGUUACGUGGGCCACAUCUCCAAGGGCGAAGUCAUGGGCUACCUACUACCCCUUCAGGAGCGCUUCUCUGGAAUCACCUCCCAUCUGGAGCUGCAGAUGUGUGACCAUUCGAACCCUACACCCUUCAUAUAGGCCCCUCCCUCACAGCAAUGUCCUUACGCUUUAGCUGCGAAUCGAUGCUGGCUCUCGCCGAUCAGCUACAUCAAAGCUUCCUGGAGCCAGUUGGGGUUGUAAAAUCCAGCCUGAAAUUAUGGCGCCAGAUCACAAUGUUUUAGAAUUUCGGCGCUGUACCACAACGUACCACAAGGUGGUGACAAUCAGCAAAUUAUAAAGCUGGCUUUGUUUAAUAGAUCGAACUAGGUGCCGCACACAGUGGUGCUCGACAAGCACGUGUUUCCUGUGUAUCUGAUUACUAAUCUGUCUUUAGCAGAACUAAACAAAAUUAACUAAUAAAUCUUACUUUCUUCUCUUCAUAUUACUUUUUCCAUUUACGCUUAAGUUCUGCCUCAUUGAAACUUAAAUUAUUGUCAUGAACAUCGUUCUGCUUCUCGACCCAUUAAUCUGUCAACUUACUGUGUUAUAUAAACAUUGUUAACCAUUAUGUGUACGUUAGUAACCAUCUAUCUAUCUUCCAAUGUCUGGACAUGGUUGUGAACGGGCCUGACGCCAAUGCCACGUAGCACUGGGCAUAAUGCAGAGGCAGAUACUGGAUGGGAUGUUAGUUAAAGCAGUAACAAUAUAGAGCAAUAGAAACUUCCAAUAAACAGUUUUACGUUACCAUAGCAUCUGUAAAACUAAAUAAACAUAUUUGCGUGUGUUGUACUGUUUUGUUGCUGUUAUGCAAUUCUUUCUGCAGUUAAUAAAGACACUUCAAAUUUG